CAUCAAGCAAUGGUAACAUCUUUAAAUGAAGAUAAUGAAAGUGUAACAGUGGAGUGGAUAGAAAAUGGAGAUACAAAAGGCAAAGAGAUUGACCUCGAGAGCAUCUUUUCACUUAAUCCUGACCUUGUCCCUGAUGAAGAAAUUGAACCCAGUCCAGAAACACCUCCACCUCCAGCAUCUUCAGCCAAAGUAAACAAAAUUGUAAAGAAUCGGCGCACUGUGGCUUCUAUUAAGAAUGACCCUCCUCCAAGAGAUAAUAGAGUGGUUGGUUCUGCACGUGCACGGCCUAGUCAGCUUCCUGAGCAGUCUUCCUCUGCACAACAGAAUGGUAGUAUUUCAGAUAUAUCUCCAGUUCAAGCUGCAAAAAAGGAAUUUGGACCCCCUUCACGUAGAAAAUCUAAUUGUGUGAAAGAAGUAGAGAAACUACAAGAAAAACGAGAGAAAAGGAGGCUACAGCAACAGGAGCUUAGGGAAAAAAGAGCCCAGGACGUUGAUGCUACAAACCCAAAUUAUGAAAUUAUGUGUAUGAUCAGAGACUUUAGAGGAAGUUUGGAUUAUAGACCAUUAACGACGGCAGAUCCUAUUGAUGAACACAGAAUAUGUGUUUGUGUACGGAAACGACCACUCAAUAAAAAAGAAACUCAGAUGAAAGAUCUUGAUGUAAUCACAAUCCCUAGUAAAGAUGUUGUGAUGGUGCAUGAACCAAAACAAAAAGUAGAUUUAACAAGAUACCUAGAAAACCAAACCUUUCGUUUUGAUUAUGCCUUUGAUGACUCCGCUCCUAAUGAAAUGGUUUACAGGUUUACAGCUAGACCACUAGUGGAAACUAUAUUUGAAAGAGGAAUGGCUACAUGCUUUGCUUAUGGGCAAACUGGAAGUGGGAAAACACAUACUAUGGGUGGUGACUUUUCAGGAAAGAACCAAGACUGUUCUAAAGGGAUAUAUGCAUUAGCAGCUCGAGAUGUCUUUUUAAUGCUUAAGAAGCCAAACUAUAAGAAGUUAGAACUUCAAGUAUAUGCGACCUUUUUUGAAAUUUACAGUGGUAGAAACAAACCUCACACUCCUUUCCGAGCAAGUAAACUCACUCAGGUGUUACGAGAUUCGUUCAUAGGUGAAAACUCCCGUACCUGCAUGAUUGCUACAAUCUCCCCAGGGAUGGCAUCCUGUGAAAAUACUCUUAACACAUUAAGAUACGCAAAUAGAGUAAAGGAGUUUGGAAUUAGUCCAUCAGACAUUCCCUUCUCACAGGGUAGUGGCAGUCGCCCUGAUCUCUCUCCUUCUUAUGAGUAUGACGACUUUUCUCCUUCAAUUACCAGGGUGAAAGAAUUGACUGUGGAUCCAACUGCUGCUGGUGAUGUUCGUCCAAUAAUGCACCAUGCACCAAAUCAGAUUGAUGACCUGGAGACCCAGUGGGGUGUGGGCAGCUCCCCUCAAAGAGAUGAUCUGAAACUUCUUUGUGAACAAAAUGAAGAAGAGGUUUCUCCACAAUUGUUUACUUUUCAUGAAGCUGUCUCACAAAUGGUAGAAAUGGAAGAACAAGUGGUAGAAGACCACAGGGCAGUGUUCCAGGAAUCUAUUCGGUGGCUAGAAGACGAAAAGGCUCUCCUCGAGAUGACGGAGGAAGUGGACUAUGAUGUCGAUUCCUACGCAACACAACUGGAAGCUAUUCUCGAGCAAAAAAUUGACAUUUUAACUGAGCUACGGGAUAAAGUCAAAUCUUUCCGCGCAGCCCUACAAGAAGAAGAACAGGCCAGCAAGCAAAUCAAUCCGAAGAGACCCCGUGCUCUUUAAAUGGGCGUUGCUGCUCAAGGAUCCCGACCUUCACUACUUUUAACCUGCAUUGGUUCAGCUGUAGGGGCCAUUUGAAAGUUUGAGAUUUUAAUUGUGUACGGAAAAUGGUUUGUCCUUCACCUGAAUGACAUUUCAGUUUCGCGAAGCACUUUUUUGUCUACACAAUGCUUCUAAUCCAGGAGGCACAACCAGAAUGGGGAUUAGUGAAGCAUUUUCUUUCAUUUACGCAAAUAGUGAUUUACUUUGAAGAUCCUGCCAACUUUGUUUUCUUUAUGAUGAAUUAAGAUUGUGGACUUGAUCCAUAGGUAGUACGGGGAAGUCACAGCAUUUCCUUUUAACUCUGUUCCAUUUUUGUAGCAAGACUGGGUGGUUUUAAGUCUUCUGCGUGCAUGCGUACCUCCACCAGUGAUUGUACCUACCUUGCCCACUUAUGAUGACUGUGCUCCUCCUGCUUUGUGCCUUGACUAAGGCUCUCGACCCCUAAAUCUCGGAAGCACAUGCAAGAUAAGUUACAUUCCUUAUUUGUCAUUGUAAAUUACCUUUAUUGUGUGUACAUUUUUACUGUAUUUGAGACUUUUUGUGUGUGUGACUAGUUAAUUUUGCAGGAUGUGCCAUAUCAUUGAACGGAACUAAAGUCUGUGACAGUGGACAUAGCUGCUGGACCAUUCCAUCUUACAUGUAAGAAAUCUGGAAUUACAAAUUUUAAAACCAUAAAACAUGAUUAUAAUUUUCUUAGCUUUUUCUUUGUAAAGAACUAAAAAUAUAACUAGUUGAUGUAUAAUAAAAAGUAAUGAAAUUCUAAGAGGAGUUUUAUCCUAGGGUAAUGCAUAUAUAUGCAGUGUGUGUUCCGGUGUGGUAUUAUUAAAAGACUAAUAGUGCAAUCUGAUCCUUACCAAUACUAUGACUUCAGUUGAAGUGUCCAUUAGCACCUAAAAAAUAGACCCUUUUAACGUAUUGUUAAAGGAAAUUGGCUUUGCUGCAUGAACAUGUACAUUGAAAAUAGUCCACAAUAGAACUGUUAGUUUAAGUCAAGUGUAGACAAUACCUAACAACCUUAAAAAUUAAACAGUUGACUUCGCCUUAAAGAGGCAGAUGUACCAACCCAAGCUCCAUCCAGUACCUACUGUAUCAUGGUGCUUCACCCUAUUUGGUGAGAAGCACCAAAUCCUCACCAAUAGAUUGGUGUAGGGUAUAUGUUGCUUUUUAAAUGGCAGCACUUGUUUUUACAGAUCGGUACUCCAGGGAAGAAAAACUGGCCGCUUCUCCUGUAAAUAUUUUGUUAAAAGAUUUCUAUUUCUCUCUAGGAGUUUUCCAUCAGUUCCCAGGAUAGAGUCCAGGAGUAGAUAACAAACAAGUAAACGCAUAAGGAUUUCUUGUUUUGAUUUACUUUAGGGAACUAUUAGCUGAUUCUUAUGAGCCCAAAGGGAAACUAUGAAUAGAGAGUCACAUGAGCCAGAUUCUCUACUUCACUGAGGUAGUUGUGGGAAAUCCUAACACCAUGGCGAAAAGCUCCUUCUCUGUAAACAUGGAAUCUAAAACAAAUGUAGAUGUUUCACAAUGUGCUUAUUAAUAAAUCUACAGAAUGACAAAUAACUUACUUCGAUACAAUCACAUUUGUUUUGGAAGGGACUCAGGUUUUCUUGUAGCUGUAACAUAUGUUCCAUUUAUAUUUAUUUCAACAAGAACAAACGGAGAAUGGUUACUAUAGUCCUUGCAGAGGUUGGUAAAAAAGCUAUUUGGGGGAACUAGCCAACCUCAAAAGAACAGUAAAGAGAACUUGCUCAUUUUAAAAGCACAACAGGUUAGCUUUAUUAUUUGUGUCAGGUUGGUACUAUCUUUGGAAGGUCUUCUCGAUAAACAACCGUGCUUGCUGUUAUUAAUGACUGGCUCCAGUCUGGUGUAGUACUCAAAGUGAUCUUAAAAAUUAGUACCAGAUGAUCUUGAAGGUUUAAUAUAACCCGUACCUUCCAAUUUACAGAUAAGAAAGGGAGAAUUCCCUAAGCAAGCUGAAUUGAAUAUUAAAUUAAAAUCUUGCUAUGAUUGGAAUUACACAGAGAUGUGGUACAAAUGAACUUUUAAAUUCCACAGUAUACUUAAUUCACAUAACAAAUGGCUUAUUACAGCUGUUAAAGUAAUUUUCACAUAACAAAUGGCUUAUUAUAGCUGUUAAUUUUAAUUUUUUUGUUAUAUAUUCAUUAGUACUUCCUAGAACUUGAAAGGUACUAUUUCUCUAUAAGUAAGAACAUGAAUCACUUUAACUUACUUACAUACGAAUGGUUAUUUCAUGGCGUUAAGUCCAUGUCUCCCCCAAAAUCUGUUAAGCAAACAAGCUAUCUAUCUUGCCUUUUGGGUUUACUCCGUAAACUUUUGCUAAAUUAAUUUGGAAAUUUUCUUCCUGUAAGCUAGGUACAAAGAAAAUUUAUUAUAUAAUCAGAUACUAUAAUUAUUUUAUUAAAAGGCAUUAAUGGCACUUAGUAUUAUACUGAUGACUUAAACAGCUCAAAAAGACUCAUUAAUGACAUAUAAUGAAAUCUCAGUCCUAAACUUAGCAGAUAAAUGGGGACAGUUACCCACUCUCACUACUGUAAUGUUGACUCCUGACUCACAGAAUGCCUGUAUAGGAUCACUAAGUCUUUCUGGAAGCAGACAGCCUCAUCACUCCUGCAGAGCAGCAGUGGGUUCAGUCUGCUAACCUUGUGGUUGAUAGUCCAAUAUAUACCGCGCUUUGCCACAGGGACUCCAUAUGGACUGUAGUUGUGGUAACGUGGCUGUUUUGUUUUGAAGUCAAAGAGCAGACUACUUUAUAAACUGUUAGAAAUUUGGUUAAGCUUAUAAAAAAUCUCCUUAAGAAAAAACACAACAACUUUAUAGUUACCUUCAUGUUGAUAGAGCUUUAUUUUCUGGGUAAGAGGAGUUAUGCCCAGCCACCACAUGGUGGCAGGAGCAGCUCAGGCUCAUACCCUGCGGUCAGGUUCAACACAAUAGCUAAAGGAGUGAGCCAUGGAAAGUGCUAAAAGAAACUGUAUAGGGUCAACACAAAGAAUAAAGAGGUGCAAAGAAGACAUUUUAAAGAACCAUGGUUUUAUUGUCCAUGUGAAUGACAAAAAGUGGUAUGAGGAAAAUGUGACAAGUUAAGCUUGAGGGCAGUUCUCACAGCAAUACAUAUAAUGGGCAGUAAAUAGAAGAGUAACAUCUUUAUACAAUAAACUGUUAGAAAUGAGCAGUUUGUAAAGUUGUGCGUGUCUGCAACACCGGGUACUUGGAAUUAACUUCCAGUAUCAAGACAGGACCUAGCAGUGUCAAGGUCAAUUGUGACACUAAAUCAGAGUGGAAUUGCCCCAUAGGGUUUCUAAGGCUAUAAAGCUGUAGGGGGCGCACUUACUGCCACAGCAUUCUCCGUGUAACGGUAGGUGUGCACCACUCAUCUUCCAUAGGGCUUGUGUAACUGCUGCAUCAUGCAUUUGUUAAUUUGCAUUAAAAAACCCAGAGUAAUAAAUGGUGGAAGCAUUUAAAAUCAGUCAAGCAAAUGCUGUUUCAGUGAUACAAAACAUAGUUCACCUUAAACUAUUAAAAAUAUAUAUAUGCAGUUUGUUUUUCCUUGACCUUGCAAAGUUCUGCUUUUCAGAAACCUAAGAAAAAUGGAUGCCUUCGGCAUUGAAUCCAUGUAGCAAUCUGAAAAAAAGCCAAAUGGGAAGGUAGUAAGAAGCUAAUAUGCAGCACAUGCCAGGUUAUAGUUCCUAUACCAGGAAUUCAAAAUCAUAACCACAUCAACCAAUCCAUGAAGCUUGCCCUCCUGACACUAGUCACUAAAGAGCCCUUAUUUUCUAUAUUGACUAGAAGCACCUAUAUUGGUGGCCUCUACCCAUUCCCUGAAAUUACAAUGAAUUUGACUCAAUGUUAGAUUUCCUUUGUUGCACGCUUCCACUUCAACAUGGUCACUGAACAGAAAGCUGUUCAGAUUUAGAGGCCGAAGGCAAAUGGAUCUUGUGUUUCCAUUCCCCUCUGAACUCACUAUGCUAAUAGUUCAGACUAAAUAUUUUACACACUUCUUUCUCUGGCUACCUAUGUACUUGUCCGACUCUAGUUGGCAAACUACAUGCUUUAAAUGACUUCUCUAUUUAACAAUAGCUAUUUCCAACUCAGAAAACAAGAAUCUGAUCCGAUUACAGCUAAGGAGGUGGCCAUCGUCAUUUUACUUUGAAAAACUACAUUGUCGGGACAAAACUUAAGAUUGCAGGUGGGGAGAAGAAGGAAAGAACACACCACACAUUAACACAAAGGCUCUCUUCUGGCUUUGACUGUUCUUUACUAGUAUUUUUAGAAGUUCAUCCUGCUGCAGCUAACUGGCUUUCAUCUUCUAUACCAAAUACUAAUCCAUGCCAUGGAAGUGCUAUGCAAUAACUCCCCAGUAGCACCUUAUACCACUUAGAAGCCUAUCAAUCUCUUAAUCUGAAAGUGUCAUGGUAAAGAAAUGUAAGCACUUAGGAAAGCAGAAAUGUAUUUACCUAAUGAAGUCAUCUAUGUCCAUGGAACGGGCCCGUUUGUCACUAAAGCCUGUGUUGGUUAGGACUUGCUGUAUUUUAUCUGCUAUGCUGAAAUCUUCUGGUAUUAUCUAUCAACAUAAGAUCAGAAUAAAUGAACAACAUAUCUUUAAUGAAA